GUGACGUUUACGUACGACCACGUACGACGUAGGCUUCAGCCAAUGAUCUGCUUCUAUACACGGAAACAACCAGCAAAGAGGGAAGUUCAGUUUGUUUAUUUAGCCGAUGUAACAACUUGUUUUCCGUAUAAAAGAUAUGGGAAAAUUAAUGAGUGUACGUCACUAAUGUGAAACUAACAAUGUCAGGUCGAUGACUUCACGUUCACUUUGAAGUGCAUGUAAAUUUCCCUGAUAAUCAGCAAAAUGACUGAUCUGGAAUCAGUGAGCAACCUCCAGCAAACAGCCGAGUCGAAUGUCCUGGUGAAUGUCCAGGAGAUGCAGUUUCUCUUGGACAAAGCAGUGGCAUGGGGCCAGGCCGACAGUCCAGACACUCUAAAAGAUACCUGCCUGCACUUGAACAGACUGGAAAAUUUCCUCCAGCAACUUCUCACCUACAUCAACAGUAUGAAAUCCACAGCAGAAACCAUGAAGAAGCUGCCCUUUCUUGGCCAGUUUUUAGGCCGGCUGUGCUGGAACCCUUGUGUCACUGCAGGAGGUACAAGUCGAGGGCUUCUCCUCCAGUGUCUGUUGGGACUGUACUCGGAGCAUCCAAGCAAUGCUGUAGAAAGAAAAGCAAACCAAUGGAUACGGAAGGUGUUGUGUCAGCUCGCCACAGAUGAAGAUGAUGCUGCAGCUCAAGCAUUUAUGAGGCGCAUGGGAGUACCGGCUAAAGAGUACCAUCUCAGAGUACUGCAAAAAAUGGUCGCACAGCUGCAGGAAAAUAUUGGACAGAGUUGCUGCUCUCAAAGCUCCAUAGAUCAGAGGUGUUCAUGUGAUAGCACCCUGGCCACAUCAGACCUUGUCGUCCCCCUCGUCACUUGUCCCGAGACUUUUCCUCUCAUCUGUUCUUUGCUUCAACAGCCAGUGGCCUGUGUCAGAGAAACUCUGAGUGAAAACUUCCUUGAUACCUUGAGCUUUGCUCACUCAAGAUUGCCACUGGAAGAGCAGGGCAGAAUCUCUGUGUGGUAUCACAGCCUGCCCAGCCUGGAGGAGGCUGUGCUCGGACUUCUUGACUCUGUAACUGAAACACGACCAUCACUACUGAAGCUUGAACAAGAAGUAACAAAGUCACUGCUUCCCAAAGCUUGUGCUCAGCAUUGCUCAAUGUUUCUGGUUGCAAAUGACAUCUUCAGGUCUGUUAUCAAGCAGGCUGAGGGAAACCAGUCUGUUAAAUCUGUUAUCCAUACCUUCACAAGGUGUUUCUGGAGGGAACUGUCUCUACUGAAGCCUCAAACGUCUGCAUCUUUAAAGGCCUUUUUCCCACAGUCGCCCCCCAGUCUGCUGAUUCCCCUCUUGACCAUGCCGUCAGAGAUGCCUCGGGAAGCUUGGAAAAAUCACUCAAAGUGGCUCAGCAGCUCAUUACAGAAACUGACAGAGGAGGAGGAGGGAGAUGGAGACAGCACAAGCACCAGGGGGCACCACAGCGUGUUUGAGGCCUGGUUCCUGCUGGUUCAGUGUGAGCACUGGGUGCAGGUGGCAGCCCAGCUUCUGGUUACAUCUGGACCCGAGGACUGCCGUCCCCUCCUGUGGCUGCUGACCUUCUACCACCACCCUACCAACAGGUGGCACCACAGAGCUUCACAGCUGGAAAAAGCCAAAGCGGCAUGGGACCAUCUGCACGCUAUUUCCUCCGACUUAAAUGAUCCUCUUCCUGUUGACCGGCUGCAGUCACUGAUCGCUCUGCUCUCACCACAACCUCAGAUGCCACCACCGGCUUCAUCGCUGAUCCUCAGCCUCGUGGUUGAGUUUGCAGUUUUCUGCCAACUGCCACUGAGGGCCGCGACAGACAUUUUGAAAACGGUGGUGGCUCAGCCUGGUCUGUCUGAAGAAGCAGCUUGUGUUCUCAGCUCACUUCAGCUCAGACUGAAUGAAGGAGGCUGCUCAUCAAGCGACAGAGUUCAGCUCAGGAUCAACCAUCUCCAAAACACAUUAACAGACGUGAAAGCAUAACAAACCACGCACACUGUCCCCAACAGGUGAGAGCACACACCCACAAACGGAGUCAGCCGCUCAGCAGCGAGCACAUCCUCACGCCAGCGUUUCGGAAAGCACUUUUACUGGAUGACAAGCUGUUGUGUAAAUGUGCUGCUCUGAUGACCGGAGUGUGUCGAACAACACAAAAAACAGAUUACUGUAUGUUGGGUGGAUACAGCUAUAGAGGCGCGCACGCACACACACACACACAUACACACUCGCACGCAUAACACAUCUAAAAGUUCCACAAGGACACUUGAACAGUGACAGAUCACCCUGUAAAGAAGCAGCAGCUCAUAUGUGUCAGCAUCCGCCCACUCACUGAAUUUUCUGUCAGCAUUAGUCUUUCACACACAGCCUGGAUGAAAGACAUAGGUUUGAAGGCAGGAAAAAAACAAACUGCAGCUUAUUUUUCUCCUAAAAAUUAUUCCUACCUGGAAAAUGUUCUCCAACAGUGCUGAGUAUAUUUUAAAGUGUUUGCUGAUUUUUUAAAUAAAAUAAAAAAAAUCAAA